AAUCUUUGGUAAACAGUGAACUCUGAUACCGGGGUGUUGUUCUAGAUCUAGACUGUAUUGUUUUGAAAUUGUAGUGCCGGUGAUUACAGGUUGUUGGAUGUCAGGAUGAAUAUUUUUGUUUAUCGUGAUGGUAAUUGACGAAUAAAGUUUUUUGUAUGAAUAGAAUAACGUAAUUGAUCUACGAAUUAAGAGUAAUGUAUCCAACUUGAAAGAUAAAAGUAGUACUUAAGAAAACUACAGCAUGGACAUGUUUGUCAUCAAUAGGUACCUGGCUGUGGAUAGCAGUGGAGAUCAAAGUACAAAAGAGAAGGAGAAUUUACAGAAGCUACUUCAAAAAAUUGAAGAGAGGCGGAAACAGAAAAAAACCGCACUCAAUACAUUGCAAAAUGAAACUGGGUAUAUCACUGAGAGUUCUACAGUGCCACAAGAAGGAAAUGAAAGUGAAAAUGUCAGCAAGAAAAAGAAAAAGAAGCGGAAGAUGUCAGAUGCAAAUGAAGCAGAUAGCGAGGAUGUUAAAAACUUGAGAAUUACAGAGACUGGAGAUGUCAUCUCUAAUGAUGCACAGACUGAUCUUAUAAAGUUUGAUGAGUCAUAUCAGUCUGAAAAUGAAAUAAAAGAUUCAAAUGAAGUGGAUAAUGAAGAGAAUUUACCUGAAAGUGAAUUCACUGUUCUUGGAUCUGAUAGUUUUGCAAAGAAACAAAAGGUGAAACGUGUGCUUCCAUCUUGGUUAGCUAAUCCUUCAGUUGUUUCUGUUAACUUGCAAGAACUUCACACAACAGUCGAUGAUAUUGAUGGAUUGGACGAGGAUAUUGUUGCCAAGAUGAAAGAAAAUUAUAUUACACACCUAUUUCCUGUUCAAGCACAGGUUAUUCCAUGGCUGCUUUCAUCUGCCAACAAGCCAUCAAUGUACUGGCCCAGUGACAUAUGCGUGUCAGCCCCGACAGGGAGUGGGAAGACACUGGCAUUUGUUCUUCCCAUUGUGCAGAUUUUACGGAAACGAGUCAUUCCGUGUAUCAGAGCUCUCAUAAUUUUGCCUGUACAGGAUUUGGCGACACAAGUUUACAAAGUCUUUAAAAUAUACUGCUCAGUAACAAAUCUUAAAGUGGCAUUAAUAACUGGACAGAAGUCAUUUGUAAUGGAACAGCAGCAAUUAAUUAAAAUAAAUUCCACAUUCGGACCACAGAGUCUCGUUGAUAUUGUUGUCACGACACCUGGCAGACUAGUCGACCAUCUUAAAUCCACUCCAAAUUUCUCCUUGAAGCACCUGAGGUUUCUGGUUAUUGAUGAAGCUGACAGAGUAAUGGAGUGCAUUCAGAAUGACUGGCUGUAUCAUGUGAACAAAAACAUCUAUGGAAAUGACGACCAGCCAAUCCCUCCACCACUUACACCAGCAACUCUUAAAACAAUGCGACCUCCACCCCAGAAACUUCUCUUCUCUGCUACACUUUCCCAGGAUCCAGAGAAGUUGCAGCUGCUGGGAUUGUUCCAACCUAAGUUGUUUACAUCAGUAGUUUCACAGGAAAAAGUCCCAGAUGAGCCACUGGUUGGAGAAUUAAGAGGAGAGUUUAUUGGAAAAUACACCACACCAGCAGAAUUAAAGGAAAAAUUCUGUGUAGUAACGCCAGAAACUAAGCCGCUAGUUCUGUACUAUUUGAUUACAAGUCACAGGUGGAAACAAGUGUUAUGUUUUGUUGACUCACAGCGGGCAGCACAUCGCCUGUCUCUUCUGUUGAAGCAUUUGAGCCAGGGAAAUCUCACGUGUGCCGAAAUGUCAUCUGUACUCUGGCGUCAACAAAGAGAUGAAGUCAUCAGGAGAUUUGUUGAUGGUCAGAUUGAUAUUCUCAUCAGUACUGACGCUCUCGCCCGUGGUAUGGAUAUGCCUAACGUCAAGUAUGUAAUAUCCUAUGACCUUCCAAAAUACAUCAAGAACUAUAUUCAUCGAAUAGGGAGAACAGGGCGUGCAGGAAAAUCAGGCAAAGCGAUUACACUCAUCCUUCAAAAUCAAGUUUCCACCUUUCAAGAUAUGUUAAAGACUGCAGGGAAGAAUUCUGUGCAUGAGUUGGUCGUGUCAGAAGAGACACUAAUCCCAUUUGAAGAACGAUAUAAAUCAGCUCUGGGGCAACUGAAGCAGGAUAUGGAGGAUGAGAGGAAUAGUCUCCUGCAAAAAAUGAAGGAGAAGAAAACAAAAAAAGUUAUGGCACCCAGAAGAAAGAAGUUAAAACUCAAACAAUUCAAACCAAAAAAGGUGAUGACUACCAAGACCUAAGUAUAAUGAUUGUUCAUAAAUAUGUUGUAUGUUUGCAUGUUA